GACCAUGAAGCCCACAUGUAUUGCCGCAGAACAAAGCCACCAGCCCUUGGCGGUAAAUUUGCUCAAUCAUCGCAUUCAGGCCUCCGUUUUCCGGCAUGGACUUGUUGGGCGGUGGCCAUGGCGGCCUCUGGGGCUGGAACUUCUUCCUUCCAGAUUCCAAUACUUCUCGAAACAAGAGAAGAAGCUUCGAAGCAAAAUCGUCUAACUCUUUACAGGCAACUGGUGGAUCUGGUUACCAGUUCCCUCUGAAGCAGUCCUUGACGGCCGGCUGUCUCACUCUCUCCGGCGACACUAUUGCACAGUUGGUAGGUCGAUGGCGUAAGGAAAUCGCUCUGAAUUCCAGUUCUCUCGAGAAGGAUGGUGUUUCGAACAUAUUUUCAGAACAUGAUUGGAUUCGUUCUUUGCGUAUGCUUUCUUAUGGGAUUCUGAUUUAUGGCCCGGGAUCCUUUGCAUGGUACAACUAUCUCGAUCAUGUUAUGCCCAAGCAAUCGGUGGGAAAUCUUAUGCUUAAGGUUCUCCUGAAUCAAAUUGUUCUUGGUCCAUGCGUCAUUGGUGCUGUAUUUGCAUGGAACAAUAUCUGGCUAGGAAAAAUCUCCCAGCUUCCUGCAAUGUACCGGAAAGAUGCUCUUCCAACAUUGUUAUAUGGGUUUAGGUUCUGGAUUCCUGUCAGCAUAUUGAACUUUUGGGUUGUGCCUCUCCAGGCCCGGGUGGCUUUCAUGUCUGUGGCCUCUAUAUUUUGGAACUUCUAUUUGUCUUCAACCAUGAGUAAGUGAUUCCAUCUCGAAAAAUCUUAAGAUCCAUGUGUGAAGACUGCACUUGGUGGCUUCAUAAUAUAGUAAGGCAAGCCGCUUGUCAUUUGUAGUUCAGUUUACGGACUCAAUUCUCAGUGUAGAGAAUAGUUGGGUAGAUCUUUAUAAGCUAUCAUUCUACUGAUGAGUAUAGCCUUUUGAUCUUGCUGAUGACCAUUGCUUAACAAUUUAAAUUAGAUGGAACUUUGAACUUGGGCUCAAAAUAUAUGGACGGGGCCAUUUUAAAAAUAAGUUUGUCCCAA